AUGGAUCUUGAUAAAUCUUGUAGAGAUGUUCUUUACUAUUUAAAAUAUAUAGAUGAACAUAUAGGAAAAAGUAACUCUCGCCUAGAAGCAAGCUGUAAAUAUUUUUUUUACAAGGAAGGAAGAAGACUUCAAUAUUCGUACACUCUCUCUGAUAUAUGUCUAAAUUAUGCCAACGCUAAUGAUAUUGAUGAUGAUACAUAUAAUAAAUUACAAAUUUUGGGGAAACUACAUAAUAUUUAUGGAAAAUUUGAACAAAUCAAAGACAUUUGUCAUUCCGUUAAUACUAUACUUAAACAGUAUAAAAUCCUUUUGGAUGAUUAUGAAAGUAUGAAUGAUAACAGAAGUUUUACAGAAGAAUUAGAUAAAUUUAAAAAAGAAUACAAUGGAUAUAUUCAGAAAUCUAAUGAGUGUGAUAUUGCCGCAAAAAUUUUAGAGAUAUCUUCUGUGACAGAAACAAAGGAAGAUAUAAUUACAGAUAAAAGUUUAGUUACAAGUGCAAGUAGAAGUGAAAAUGCAGUUACAGGUAUAGAUACAGGCACAGGUGUGGGUAUUUUCACUGUUGUACUUUUAAUAUGUAUAUUUAUUCUUUAUAAGUAUACUACAUUUGGUUUGUUUUUAAAAAACUAUAGUAGAAAAGAUAAAAAUAUUAAAAAACAUAUAUAUAUAUAUAUAAUGAGAACUUAUUAG